UUUUGGCUGCUGGGGCCCCGGGUACUUGGUGGGACCUGCUGAGUCUCGGAACCGCGAUGUUACCCUUUCCCUUGCUCCGUGCAUUCCGGAGAGGCAGCUGGCUGUUCCAGGUCGCUCUUCGGGCCCAGCAUGGGGAGGCAGCCAAGGCCCAGGCUGGAGAGACCACCAGAGGCUGGACAGGCCAGGAAAGCCUGUCUGACAGUGACCCUGAGAUGUGGGAACUCCUACAAAGGGAGAAGGAUAGACAGUGCCGGGGCCUAGAGCUCAUUGCCUCAGAGAACUUCUGUAGCCGAGCAGCCCUGGAGGCUUUGGGAUCCUGUCUAAACAACAAGUAUUCAGAGGGCUACCCUGGCAAGAGGUAUUACGGAGGAGCCGAGGUAGUGGAUGAGAUUGAGCUGUUGUGCCAGCGACGUGCCCUAGAGGCCUUUGACCUUGACCCUGCCCGAUGGGGAGUCAAUGUCCAGCCAUAUUCAGGGUCCCCGGCCAAUCUGGCUGCUUAUACAGCUGUCCUGCAGCCCCACGACAGGAUCAUGGGAUUGGAUCUGCCCGAUGGAGGCCAUCUCACUCACGGUUAUAUGUCCAAUGUCAAGCGAAUCUCAGCCACGUCCAUCUUCUUUGAAUCUAUGCCCUAUAAACUCAACCCUUCAACUGGCCUCAUUGAUUACGAGCAGCUGGCCAUCACUGCCCGGCUGUUCCGGCCACGUCUCAUCAUUGCGGGCACCAGCGCCUAUGCUCGUCUCAUCGAUUAUGCCCGCAUGAGGGAGGUGUGUGAUGAGGUCAAAGCCCACCUGCUGGCUGACAUGGCGCACAUCAGUGGGCUGGUAGCUGCCAAAGUCAUCCCUUCACCCUUCGACCAUGCAGACAUCGUCACAACCACCACCCACAAGACCUUGCGGGGGGCCAGGUCAGGGCUCAUUUUCUAUCGUAAGGGGGUGCAGUCUGUGGACCCCAAGACCGGCCGAGAGAUCCUCUACACGUUUGAGGACCGAAUCAACUUUGCUGUGUUCCCUUCCCUGCAGGGGGGGCCCCAUAACCAUGCCAUUGCCGCUGUGGCAGUGGCCCUCAAGCAGGUCAAUACCCCGAUGUUCCGCGAGUAUUCCAAGCAGGUCCUUCGCAAUGCCCGGGCCAUGGCUGACGCGCUUCUCCAGAGGGGCUAUUCCCUGGUGUCUGGCGGCACCGAUAACCACUUGGUUCUGGUGGACCUACGGCCCAAAGGGCUGGACGGAGCGAGGGCUGAGCGUGUCCUGGAACUCGUGUCUAUCACUGCCAACAAGAACACCUGCCCCGGGGACCGCAGCGCCAUCACCCCAGGGGGCCUCCGUCUCGGGGCCCCGGCCUUGACCUCCCGACACUUUCGAGAAGACGACUUCCGCCAAGUGGUGAACUUUAUCGACGAGGGUGUUCAGAUCGGGCUGGACGUGAAGAGCCGGACAGGGAAGCUCCAAGAUUUCAAAUCAUUCCUCCUGAACGACCCUGAAACAAGACAGCGCCUGGCGGACCUCAGGCAGCGGGUGGAAGCCUUUGCCCGGGCCUUUCCCAUGCCGGGCUUCGAGGAGCGAUAAGGGCCCUUCCUGCUGAGCAGACUAAGGGAGAGAAGGACCUUCUUGCUCCCCUUCUUUGCUGAGGCCCCUCACUAAGUUUGUAGCCGAGUUUUCUAACCCUCCCCGGAAGUGGGGGCUGGGUUUCCGGCCCCCUCUCCCUGCCUUCCUGCCUCCUAGUGCUGCUCUCCUGGGGUGGGGGGGGGGUGCCCCUGCCCCUGUCCCUGCUUGUCUAAUAAAACUGCUGCCACUUG